AUGCUGCGUUGUGGAUUAAACAAAACGCCUCAGAUGACAGCGAUCCUUCCAGUCGUUCCAGCCGCAAGGUGCCGCAGAGCUGACCAGAUGACCGACACUGACCCCCCUCGGCGACCGAUAGCCAUUAGAGCGGCCGUUGAAUUGCCAGGCCGAUGUACCGCUCCAUUAGUGGCCGCGGCUCCGUCCUGCCAACAUGAUGCUCAUCCAUCAGGCAGUGGCGGAGCACCUUAA